AUGUAUCGUUUUGGAAGAAUUCUUUUGAACCAUCAAAAGUAUUCAUCAUUUUAUCUUCCACUGUUAUCAACAAAAACUGAACAGUAUUCCAAUCGAAUAAAUUCAACGGUGCCAUUUACUUUAAUUUUUGCAGCAAGUUCCUUAAGUUUUUAUGAAAUCUAUAAACGUUAUCGUUUGUAUGCAGCAUCGACUAAUGAAACAAUAGCUUCCACACCAAAAGGUCCAUUACUAGUCGAUGCGCAAAAACCGUUGGUUGAAAAAAUUCCUUAUUCAAAACAAUAUAAUUUCAUCGCUGAUGUUGUCGAACAUGUUGCGUCUGCUGUUGUUCACAUCGAAGUUGAUCUUGAACCCAUGCCAUAUUUUGGACAUUAUAGUUCGUCAAUUGGUACAACAAAUGGUUCAGGUUUUAUCAUUAAUGAAACAGGAUUACUAUUAACAAAUGCACAUGUUGUGAGAAAUAGAAAAAAUGUUAAAAUUAAAUUAGCCGAUGGGCAACGUUUUACUGGAACCGUCCAAUUUGUUGAUAUGGUGGCAGACUUAGCCGUCGUACAAAUCGACUCGAAUAAACAAAAAUUACCUUAUUUAAGUUUAGGCGAUUCUGAUAAAAUACGUGCUGGUGAACAUUGUAUUGCUGUUGGUAGCCCACUAGCCUUAUCAAAUACGGUAACGGCUGGUAUUGUUUCAAAUGUAGGUCGAACAAGUAGUGAAUUGGGUAUAUUUGGACGUGAUAUAAAUUAUAUUCAAACCGAUUGUAUGAUAACAGGCGGUAAUAGUGGUGGUCCACUUGUUAAUCUCGAUGGAGAAGUUAUUGGUAUUAAUUCAAUGAAAGCGAUGACUGGAAUUUCAUUUUCUUUGCCAAUUAAUUAUGCAAAAUUAUUUUUAGCUGAUAUCGAAAAGAAAAAAUUGAAACAGUCAACAACAAAACCAACAGCAUCAGCAACUAGUCGUCGACAAACACGUUAUUUAGGUAUUAAAAUGUUUUCAUUAACACCUCAAAUUGUUGAAGAAAUGCGUUAUCGAAUGCCAAUGACAUUUGCAGUAAGUAAAGGCGUAUAUAUUGCUAGUGUAAUGUUAAAUUCAACUGCACAACGUGCUGGUCUUCAACCUGGCGACAUUAUUAUUGAAGUAAACGGACAUGAUAUUGAGACAUCUGCAGAUCUAAUUAAACAUGUUCAAGAAGAUGAAACAUUAAAUUUAAAAGUUGUCCGAAAUAAUGGACUUGUUUUCGGUAAACAAAAACAAAUAAAUAUGCAAGCAAUGAGAUUUUUACCUUGGAUUCGACGAUCAUACACAAAUCUACAUGUAAAUCGAUUUCUAUCAAACAGUACAAAACCAAAUAAAGAAGUAACUCAACAAGUCCGUCCCACAUCUGAAGAAUCUAAUAUUGUACGCAAAGAUCGUCCACGUCUAGAAGAAGAAGGCUUAGAAUAUGAGUUUAAAAAUGAAUUAGAUGUUUUACGUCAUAAAGAACGUUUAACAGUUGAUUCAACCAAUACACAAUAUAUGACGAUUGUAUUUAAUGGAGAAUACGAUCGAGAUAUAUUAACAUAUCCUGAAUUGUUAACUAAAUCAGAAUCAACUCAAAUGAAUACAUUAUGUGAACGCUUAAAAACAUUUACAGAUUCAAUAGAUCGAAAUAAAAUUGAAAGAGAUAAUCAUAUUGAUAAAGAUAUUUAUAAAGAAAUGUGUAAAUUAAAAUUACAUGGAUUAAUUAUACCUGAAGAAUUCAAUGGUCUUAGUCUAAAUAGUCAAUUGUCUGUACGUAUGUUUGAAGAAUUAGCGGUUAGUCCAACAAUUACUACUCAAUUAUUAGCACAUACAGAAUAUGGUGUUAGAAGUUUACUUGUCUAUGGUACGGAUGAACAACAACGUUAUUAUUUACCUGAAAUGGCUAAAGGUAAUAUGAUCGCAACAGCUUGUAUAACAGAAGCACAAAGCGGUAGCGAUAUAAGAAAUAUUGAAACAACAGCAACUGCAAGUGAUACAGAUCCAAAUACAUAUACAAUCAAUGGAAAAAAGAUGUGGGUUACCAAUGGACUCAAUGCUAAUGUAUUUCUUGUUUAUUGUAAAACAAAACAACGUCAUACAUCUGAUGAUUAUGAUGAUCGUUUUUCAUUUUUUCUUGUUCAUCGUGAUAUGCCGGGUGUUUCUAUAUCACCAGCCAUAUCGACACUUGGUUUACGUGGUCUUGGUUUAACACAUAUUGAAUUUAAAGAUGUAAAAGUUCAUGCCGGAAAUCAUUUAGUAGGACAAUUGGGUGAAGGAUUAAACAUACUAAGAAAUUUACACGGCUAUGUACGAACAACGCUUGCAGGCAUGUGUGUUGGCGUUGGUAAACGUCUAAUUCAAUUAGCAUCUGAACGCGCAAUUCAACGUGAAUCUUUUGGUCGCAAAUUAAUGGAUCAAGGUUUAGUUCAGAAACGUUUAUUUCAUAUGGAAAUUGAUACUUAUACAAUGGAAUCAAUGACAUACUUAACAAGUGGUAUACUAGACUCAUUUUCUAUGCCAGUUAUUUCAAUUGAAUCAGCAUUAACGAAAAUCUUUGCUACAGAUCGUCUAUAUCGUGUAGCAAAUGAUUGUUUAGAAAUAUUUGGUGUCGAAGGCAUUGAAAUAGGUCAUCCAGUUGAACAAUAUCUACGCGAUAUACGUCCAUGGUCUAUGUUUGAUGUACCAAAUGAUGUUUUACGUUUAUUAACGUCAUGGGAAGGUGUGAUGAGUGUUAGUACAGUUGUUCAUGAUUUUGUACGAAAAAUUCGAAAUCCAAUUCAUUUUCCUGGAACAAAACUAAGACAUUUACUAACUGGUUGGACUGCGCAAGCACAAGCAAUGCGUGCACCAUUUAGUUUUAAACAUGAUCUCUGGGAAAAAGUUCACCCAACUUUAGGUAUUCCAGCAAAAGAUCUUGAAUAUGCUGUAUUUGUUUUACGAAAUGUAACGAAAGAAACAUUAACAAAAUCUGGUCGUGAUAUUAUCGAUAAUCAAUUAUAUCUUAGACGUUUAUCUGAAAUAGUUAUGGAAAUCUAUGCAAUGACAGCAAUGUUAGGUCGUUCAUCACGUGCAUAUUCGAUUGGUUUGAAAAAUUGUGAACAUGAAACUGAAAUGACUUUUCUGUAUUGUAAACAUGCACGUACAAGAAUUGAUAAAUUAGCCAAAGAAAUUCAUGAACAUGGACAUCAAACAGGUGACGAACAUUUACAACAUUUAGCUAAACGAAUGCUCAUAGCUAAAGGUUACUCAAUAACAACACCACUUGAACGAACAUAUUAA